AUGGAGCUCACAGGAGCGAUAUGCAUAUCAUUUGUGAUAGUCCUUGUGUCGUCUUUGGCUUGGACCAAUGCAGCCGUGGAAGAGGGGGUAAAGGUGGCAUGCGUCCCGGCCGAACUUAAACCAUGCACACCAGCAGGACGAACCGGAAGUAAUCCGUCGACAGAAUGCUGCAGAAAACUGAAAGAACAAGUGUCGUGUCUAUGUAGUUACAUGAAAAAUCCAGCAUUUGGUCAUUGUUUUCAAACCCCAAAUGCUCUCAAGGUCAUAGCGGCUUGUAGUAUACCUUAUCCUACUUGUUGA